AUGCGGAAUGUUAUUCCCGCAGUUGGACCAUCUUCGAAGCCUUCCGCGCUGGCCUACGACGGUACCCGCUUGGAGCGGUUCGAAAUGCCCUCAUAUCCGCCGAGUUUCGAAGCCACCAAAACGUUUUGGGACGAGGUUCAUGACAUUUCUUGCCCCAGACAGCUAAACAGAAGACGGGAAGACGAGCUAGGCGUGUAUGAGCAGAAUUCUCUAAUGGAACUUGAGAAAAGGUCACUAUGCGUUCCUUCCUGGUAUGAUCCAUCGGGAAGACCGUCGGGCGGUGAUUCGGUCGCAAAGGAGGCCUUGCACUCCAAGCAGGCUUCCUAUGUCCAGAGAGAGGGCUUCGACGGCUGUGGCCUUCACAUCGAUCCCUUCAGAGGGCCACUUGCGCAUGCAAAGAAUUGUGUCAUAGCUUUCUCAACGUCAGGUAUCAUGUGGCGGGCUGAAUGGCUCAAGAUACUGAAAGGUAACAGCAAGCUGGAAAGUAUCACGGUCUCCUUCGACUGGCGAAGACUUGGGCACAACUCCACCAUGCCAAAACUCAAGAUCAUCUGCUUGACCAAUCUAUAUAUCGCGCUCGAGGUGAAAGAUCUUAAAUACGCAUUAUUUAUUAGAAAGAUGGCCAAGCCCUUCAGCCGCUUGAGCGAGGACAAGAUAAGAAUCCGCCCCUCCAAGGUGCUCUCAGGCGGGCGGCAAGCCUCCGUGGAAUUUCUGGGCAAGGGAGUUUUUGGCUCUGGUCAAACAAUGACUUCUGUAUGCAACAAUAUGCAGUGCUUGGCAAGCCAAUUCCCUUCAGCUGAUGGUGCGCCUGGCGCAGCAUCAUUGUCGACCAAGCCAUCCUGA